AACAUCAAAAGAAAGAAAGAAAGAAAGAAAGAAACCUAAAUAUAUUCUAUUAAUAACGAAAACGCCAGCUCCUGGCCCCAACAAGUUGAAGUAUGAUAGGGAAGAAUACAGGGGAAGAGCCGGAGAGGAUAGCCUCAACCUCAAGCAUGGAAACGAGACCCAAUUCCAUAGAAGACUGGCCUUCGAGAGCAUGGAACCUACUCUCGAAACUCCGGGACCAAUCACCGCUUGUUCAGUGCAUCACCAACUUUGUUUCUAUGGAUUUGAUGGCCAACACUCUCCUAUCUGCUGGUGCAUCCCCGGCUAUGAUCCACUCCAUUGAAGAAAUUCCCGACUUCACUCCUCAUGCUCGUUCCCUCUGUAUCAACGUUGGCACUCUUUCCUCUGACUGGCUACCAGCCAUGAAAGCAGCCGUGGUGUUGGCCAAUAAAUUCGGGAAGCCUUGGGUUCUUGAUCCCGUUGCUGCCGGAGCUUCUGGUUUCCGGUUGAACGCUUGCUUGGAGCUCGUGGGUAUGAAGCCCACUGUCAUUAGGGGAAAUGGGUCGGAGAUCAUCGCGCUAUUUAAGGCUUCUCUCGGCGCCUCCAAGGGGGUAGACAGCUCCCAUGAGUCAACGGAUGCAAUGGAAGCAGCAAAGUCUUUGGCUCAAGCAAGUGGUGCCAUAGUUGCAGUUUCAGGUGCUGUUGAUAUCAUCACAGAUGGAAACCGAGUUGUUGGUGCUCAUAAUGGGGUGCCCAUGAUGCAGAAAAUCACAGCAACAGGAUGUGCAGUCACAGCCCUCAUUGCAGCUUUUGUUGCUGUUGAUCCAUUACAUGCUUUGGAAGCAACAGCUUCAGCAUUUUCCAUAUUUGGUAUUGCUGGUGAAUUGGGAAUGAACAUGGCCAAAGGACCAGCUUCAUUGCGGAUGCACUUGAUUGAUUCCCUUUAUAGUCUUGAUCAAGUUGCUCUGCUUUCGCAUACAAAGAUUACCAGCCUGUAAUGAUUCUGUAGGAGCUCUGUACAAAUGGUGGAAUGAGUCCUCGCAACUGUGCAAUUCCAACAGCAUUCUUAUACUUGCCUGUUCCUCCAGUCACUGACAAAUGUGACAUUGCACUCCCAAUCUUAUAUACGCCAUAGAAGUUGAGGCUGUCCCCAAAUUCUCCUCCUUCAAAGAUAGCUGUAAAUGCCAUCAUCUGUGUGCUCCCAUCUGCAGAACUAGCAAUGUAGACUCCUUGAGCUUUUCCCAAUUGCUGCGAACCAAGCUCAGGGCUGGUUGUCAAGACAUCGUCAAUGACAGUGAUCGUUCCAAAGCCUAGUCCCAACCCGUCAGGUCCCAGCUGGGUUUGAACUUGACCAUUUUGUCCUGCAAAAGCUGUACCAGCCAAGCCAGUUCCUAGUGGAAUGCCAUUGAUACCAUUAACAGUUGGAAUAGCGCCAUUGGCAUUAGGGAUUGCUACUGCACCUUCUGGGGGAAUAAAUCCUACUGGCUUGGCAAAGGGUACUUGGCCACUAUAAAUGUUUCCCAGCAAGCCGGUGAUUGGCCUGGCAGUGGGGUUACUGCCCCCAAGAAUGUCAUGCAUGUACAACUCAAGAACAGGCUCCUCACCAGCUGGUGCAGGGUCAGUAGCAGCCAAAUAUGUUGCCAUGUUUAUGGUAGCAAUCAGCACUGCAAUGAAAAUAGAUGGUGAUGGUUGGUUGAACAUCCUGUGAUUUCUGUAUUAGAGGUUCUUGAGGAUCCGCAACACCUGGAGAAUGAAAGAUCUUUAGAUGAGCAUGCAAGUGGCUGUGCACCUUGCUCUUUAUAUAGAAGUCAAGGAAGAACAAAGAUGGAGUAGGUGUGAGACUAUAAAGGCGGUGAAGUUGUUGGAGUUGCAUUAGUUAUGGAAAGUCUAAAUCAUUAUGUUAGGGGGAUAUCAUGGAGGAGUGGAGUCUGAUGUAUGAUAGGUUUUGCCAAUUUCGUCAAAAUUUAACCAAUCAUGCUGCAACCAUUUCAAAA